UUUACUCGUAAACAAGAACGUUUUCGUUUUAUUACAACGAAAAACAUCAACGAGAAAGGAAACGGAGAAAUAUUUUGACGAUACAUUAAUUAUAAAGGUUUUAAAAUGGUAAUGGAACUAUGUAACAGAAGUUUUGGGGAUUUCAAGACGUGUCGGAGAGAAAGCCCAAUGAAAGUUGGCGAGGCAUUACAGAACGUGGUAUCGAAUGCUAGACAAGAAGGAAGGUUAGUGGCUGGGAUCACCCAAAUGGCAUCUGUCUUAGAAAGAUUUUCCCAUUCUGUUGUAAUGAUGUGCAUUGUUGAAACUAAGAUUGUUGAAACUAUGCAGAUGAAAUUAUUGGAGGCUUUUUUUACAGAGCACAAUAUAAAAGUGAUUAAGGUAGACAACUGCAGUAAACUUUUGAACAAUAGCAAAGAACUUGGUGAUAUUCAAACUGACUCUAAUCAUGACAUGGAAUCCUGGUGUAAUAUGGGAGAAGAUAGUAUUAUAGAUGAAGAAACAGACACCACUUGUCUUUUACUGACAAAUUCGAAACAUUUGACAGAAGCGGAAGAAUUUGUGUUAUCGUUUUAUGAUACGUUUAGAAAUUAUGUGAGCGAUCAGUAUCCAAUAUUAAAUAUAGAAAACAAAGUGCUUAAGUGCCAGUAAAUUAAGUUUUAAGUGUUGUUUAAUAUUAAGUUUUAAGUGUUGUUUAGUGUUGUUUUAGACUAAACUCAACAGAUUUUUAGCUUGAGACGUAAUUUGAAAUUCGAAAUGUGUUUGAAUUGUAUAGGGAUUGGAACAAAAGGAAGCAGAUUCCAAAGUUAGGCUUACCCCCCCCCCCCCCCCACGCAAUACUCAUCCAACCCCGUAAAACUCUUAACUGUGAUAUAUUUUGACAAAUGUGAUAAGAGAGAGGGAGCAUUAAGAAUUUCAUAAAUGAAUAAAUUUAUGUCAUUUGCGCAUCAUUAUCAAGUCCAGUCAUUAAAAUGGGAUUGACUAAUGUGAAAUGUCAUUUAUGUCCGUGUUGUUGCUUGUCUUGAUCACGUGACUUGACUUCGGACACGUAGACUGGUUGUUUAUGAAGAUUUAUACUUGUCAACAACAUCUAAUUACUGGGAACGUGAUAUAUGUAUUAUUUUUGUCACCGCACUAGAGGAGACAAUAAUUGUUAAUAACUACCUCGUAUUGUUAUUGCAUUCCUUUUGGAAUGAUUAAUGUUCUUAUGUAUACCAAAAUGCAAUGCUUUUUUUUUGUUAAUUUGUUUAAAAAAAGAAAUUAAAAAGUCA